AUGGCUACCUCCGUGGGGACAGCUUCGGGUGGGAAGCCAAAGAGGACGAGGGAGUACCCGCUCAUGUCGCGCCGCCAGAUUGAAGAUUUGAUCGCACAGGGCAGAGUUGUCACAAUAGUUGACGAUUUCGUCGUCAAGUUGGACGGGUGGCUAGCAUACCACCCGGGCGGCGACAAGGCUAUCCAGCACAUGGUCGGUCGAGAUGCCACCGACGAGGUCACCGUACUGCAUUCUCCAGAAGCCAAGGCGCAAAUGGCUCGGUAUCGAAUCGGAAGAAUCGAGGGCCACUGGAGGAACUUUGUCCCACCCAUUCAGGGAGGCAAGUUCAGGACGACUGAGCAGGGCGGUCCCGAGUUCGACCAUGCCGAGGACGACGACGCACUGCGCUUCUUUGGCGCCUCGUCUCCCAGCGACGUCAGCUCACGAGAAGCCUCGCCCGUAUUCGACACCACCGAGAACCACGUCCGUCACAGAAACGGCGCUGUGGCGAGCCCGAACUCAGGCUCUGGCUCUUCGGCCACGUCAGUCAUCGACGAUGGUCACGACGACAAGGAGAUGGACGGCACUGCUUUCCUCGACUCGGAGACACGGAAACAGAUCCGUCUCGACCUCGACAAGUACCCUGCCCUGGACGACGAGACGCAGUCAGACAUUGUGCGAAAGUACAGGCUCCUCGACAAGCGCAUCAAGGCCGAAGGGCUUUAUGACUGCGACUAUCGUGCCUACGCCAUUGAAGUAUCACGGUAUACGCUUCUCUUCGUCGGUAUGCUGACGUUUCUGCGAUGGGGCUGGUACUUCCCAAGUGCAGCUUGUCUGGGCUGCUUCUGGCACCAGCUCGUCUUCACCGCCCACGACGCCGGGCAUAUGGGCAUCACUCACAACUUUCACGUUGACACGUGUAUUGGCAUCUUCAUCGCUGACUUCAUGGGCGGUUUGUCCAUUGGAUGGUGGAAGCGGAACCACAACGUCCACCACAUCGUCACGAAUUCUCCCGAGCAUGACCCUGAUAUCGAGCACUUGCCCUUCUUCGCCAUCUCCCACCGCUUCCUUGGUAACUUGACGUCGACCUACUACGAGCGUGUGAUGGAAUACGAUUUUGCGGCCAAGCUGUUCAUGAAGGCGCAGUCGUAUCUCUACUACCCCAUCAUGCUCUUUGGCCGCUUCAACCUGUACAGACUCUCGUGGGACCACCUGAUCAUGGGCCGCGGUCCCAAGAAGGGCAUCGCCUGGUGGCACCGCUGGCUCGAGGUGGCUGGCCAGGUUUUCUUCUGGGCCUGGUUCGGCUACGGUAUCGUGUACAAGUCCAUUCCCACCAAUUGGGACCGCUUUGUCUUCGUGAUCAUCAGCCACAUGUUCCAGGCCCCGUUGCACGUCCAGAUCACGCUCUCCCACUUCGCCAUGAGCACCGCAGACUUGGGACCCCACGAGUCGUUCCCGCAAAAGAUGCUGCGGACGACCAUGGACGUCGACUGCCCGACCUGGCUCGAUUUCUUCCACGGCGGCUUGCAGUUCCAGGUCGUCCACCACAUGUACCCGCGCAUCCCACGCCACAAUCUGCGCAAGACCCAGCGGCUCGUGCAGGACUUUUGCAACGACGUGGGUAUUCCCUACGCCCUCUACGGUUUUGUGGACGGUAACAAGGACGUGAUCGGUCGGCUGGCCGAGGUGUCCCGGCAGGCUGCCAUCUUGGCAAAAUGCCAAAAGGUCGCGGCUGAUCACAUCCAGAGCGGCCAUGGUCACUAA